UCCGGCGGUCGAAAGCGUGUGAAUAUGCGCCGCCGCGGGGACAACAACUUGCUCAGGAGCAGCAACACAAGAUCCAAGAGCUCGAGAAAGACAAGAGCAGCAUGUAUGAAAUCUUAUGGUAUUUGCAGACACAAUCGCCCGAGAAGGCAACGGCUAUGCUAGAUUUCCUCCGGACUUCACAAGAUGGAGACAUGGGCGCUUGCCUGGGUCAUUUCGAGCAACAUCUCCGUCAGAAUCCUGAAUCUAGUAUUCAGGCACAAAAGGCCCCAAGUCACAUAACCCCACCACAGGACGUAGCCUGGGCUAUACUGGCGAUGCCUGAGGUGGCCGAGCACCCGCAGUUGAUGAAAAUCCAACAUGGCGCCGUGAACCAGGUGGGCGUCGUCUUGCAACCCCCACUGCAGCAGGAUAUCAAUGUCGGAGCGUUGACAGAGCCAUUGCAAAUGUUCUUUAACUGUGUUGGAGCAUUGUUCUAUAUCAUGAACGCGGAGGAAGUCCAAGCCACAAUCGUUAAGAUUCAGAACUCUGAAUAUGCUCAUGUACCCAUUGGCGAUCUGGUCAGCAGGGGUAGCAAUAUUCACCUCAAGACACUUGCAGCGGAGAUUGCAGGCAUGGCUGCGAUUGGAGUUGUACAUUUCCAACUUGCUGACCCUGAGAAUGCGCCACCAAUCGAGCUUGCGGACUACCUUUACGCUGUUGCUAGACAUGGACUUGACAACGCUAUCGCUUACAAUCCCCUCCGCGCUAUGAAGACCUGCGCUUUAUUGGUAAUGUAUAACAUCGUUGUCAAGGCUAGUAUAGCUCUGGCAUUCAGUGAACUCGGGCUGAGUCUCGCUCGCAACCAUGGCCUUGAUGCCAAUGAGUGUCCACUAAGCAUGUCCGUAGCCGAAUUUGCUGACCUGCGACGAACACGCAGAACUCUCAUUCAUCUGCAAUGUUGGCUCAGUGCUUCUCUGGACUACGUCCCGAACUCACUCAGCUACAGUAUACAAACCGCUGUUGACGAGGUCGACGUUCCCCCUGAGGAUUUGAUUCGGCUCGAGUGUGUUAAGGUAACUAUCAUCAAAGCCACUACGCUUCAUCGUCUACCAGCCACAGGUUACAUUCAACAAGCAACCAUCGCUGAACUGAGGGCUCAACUAUCGACUUUUCAUGCGCAACUACCGACAUGGAUGAGCCUGGGAUCACUGCUCAGCCAUACUGAGGGUGAAUUGAUGGCGCAGUUUCGUCCCGUCAUCUUCUAUGUCCACCUGUUUUAUCUUUCCGCCAUGAUGUUGUUGUCGCGUCGCCUGAUCCUUGCAUACGUUGCACUGGACGCAAACGGCAAGGUGCCUUUAACCUCAGAGGCGCGUCAAGGUAUUGAAGAAGGGUUUAUGGCAGCGCAAACCAAUGCUCGAGUUAUGGAGUUGAUGCUCUCUGAGGGCAAAGUGGUGCAGGUGUGCUGGCUCUGCAUUUUCACGUCGUAUACCGCUGGCAUCAUGAUUGCGUACUACGCGACACAAAAAGCGCUGCAUGGUCUCUCGUACGCAACCGAUGUGGACCUCCUCAGCAAAUGCAUUAGUGUACUUGCGUAUUGUGCCGAGAAGGACACUCUUGCCGCUAAAUUUCGAGAUAUUCUGACAGCACAUAUCCGCGUCCUGAAAGAGGUGGAGUAUGAGAGCGCCGCGGCUUAUGUACCAAUAGCCGACGUGCUUUUCACUAUGCACUCUGGUGGGACACGGCUUCAUCACGCAGCUCGGGAUCUUUUAUGCCUGACACACCGCCCGUUCAGUGGAUUGAAGAAUAUCCCUGCGCGUGCGACAUUGUCUAAUCGUGCCGAGACAACUAUGGGAACACAUCUUGAGUGGGAGUGGGAGUUGAGGAGUAGUGAGGAUGUGCAAGACCACGCUGCUUCGGGACAUUUGAGAUCUUGCGAUGCAGGAACUGGAGGGGAGCAAUCGUUUGGUCAGUUUCUACCGCAGGCACAAGCUGGUGCCUGGUCAAUUUGGACAGAACCGGCAAAAAUAGGUGCAUAAUGCACACUUCUGUAUUUUCUUAAGAGCAUGUUGAUUUCAAGUAAGCUGAUCAUCAAUAGGUUAUGAGGCCUCGAGCGUAUAAACAAAUCGAUGCUUGUAUUUAAAGCAAAUCAUUCAUUUUAACGACGACUUCAGCCACAGGUCGAUU